GGCUGGAGGGGUUGGCUGUGUGCUGAAGGCCCAGUGAGCUGCCUGCUAAUGGGGUUGGGCCACCCUGCGCUGCUCCCGGAGGCUGGACAAGGCUGGGAUUGUUUUCUGGCUCCUUUGUCUCCCAUCCCCUGGCCUGCUGGCCUGCCACUCUCCUCCCUCCCGUUGGCCUGGCUGGCAGGAGCACCCGGGCCUGCUGACCCACCUGCUCAGGAGCUCCAGUCAAGCUCUGGGGUGGUUCCAUCCGCCUAGCUGGCCCAGCCCCACCAAUUGUGCCAAGGAAUGAGCCUGGGAGAGGCGGCCUGAGGCUGGCGGGCAGCAGAGCCACGGCCACCCGGAGGCAUUGCACAGGUCAACGUGGAGGUGCAGGCCACCAUGCUCAGUCUCAAGCUGCCCCAACUCCUUCAAGUCCACCAGGUCCCCCGGGUGUUCUGGGAAGACGGCAUCGUGUCUGGCUACCGCCGCCCCACCAGCUCGGCCUUGGACUGUGUCCUCAGCUCCUUCCAGAUGACCAACGAGACUGUCAACAUCUGGACUCACUUCCUGCCCACCUGGUAUUUCCUGUGGCGUCUGCUCGUGCUCGCGGGAGGCCCGGGCUUCCGGGCGGAGCCGUACCACUGGCCGCUGCUGGUUUUCCUGUUGCCCACCUGCCUCUAUCCUUUCGCGUCGUGCUGUGCGCACACCUUCAGCUCCAUGUCGCCCCGCGCGCGGCACAUCUGCUACUUCCUGGACUACGGAGCGCUCAGCCUCUACAGCCUGGGCUGCGCCUUCCCCUACGCCGCCUACUCCAUGCCGGCCUCCUGGCUGCACGGCCGCCUGCACCAGCUCUUUGUGCCCGCCGCCGCACUCAAUUCCUUCCUGUGCACCGGCCUCUCCUGUUACUCUCGGUUCCCUGAGCUGGAAAGCCCUGGGCUCAGUAAGAUCCUCCGUACGGGCGCUUUCGCCUACCCCUUCCUGUUUGACAACCUUCCUCUCUUCUAUCGGCUGGGACUGUGCUGGGGCAGGGGCCACAGCUGUGGGCAAGAGGCGCUAAGCACCAAUCAUGGCUACCACCUGUUGUGCGCGCUGCUCACUGGUUUUCUCUUCGCCUCUCACCUGCCUGAGCGGCUGGCACCGGGACGCUUUGACUACAUUGGCCACAGCCACCAGCUCUUCCACGUCUGUGCAGUGCUGGGCACCCACUUCCAGCUGGAAGCGGUGCUGGCUGAUAUGGAGUCUCGCCAAGCCUGGCUGGCCACACAGGACCCCCCCCUGGGCCUGGCAGGCACAGUGGCCACGCUGGGCUUGGCAGUGGCGGGGAACCUGCUCAUCAUUGCUGCCUUCACAGCCUCCCUAUUUCGGGCCCCUAGUACAUGCCCCCUGCUGCAGGGUGGUCCGCCGGAGGGGGGUGCUAACGCCAAACAACAGUGAGGCCUUGGUGCUGGGGAGGAGCCCAGACCCAGACCUGAAAAGGUGUGGGGCACAUAGGAGCCUGGAAGCAAACGUGACUGAGAGAGUG